UUACGAGUAAGACAUAAAUUCGCGUUUCUUAAAUAAUUUAAUCCCUCUACUAUUCUAAACUCUGCGGCUGAAUCAUCAAUGACAGUAUAUAAAGCAAUGUUCGUCAGUGAGCUGUCAGUCAGGGACAUAUACAUAUUCAACAAUUAUAUCUGUAUAAAUUUCUAUUUCGCGCGUGUAUUGUAAUUAAUGCCAAUGUAUGCUGCGAAUGUACAGUUAAUUUGCAAUGUUUUGUAAAUGAUGUCCUCUUGAAUUAUUCACCAGCCGAGGAAUCAAUUCUACACGUGGACAAUGCAGAGAUCAACGGAACAACUGACUCAUUGCAGUACGGUGACGUUGGAGGAGAUCCUGGACAAUACGGACAGAAUAACAACACGAACCGUCUCUGAGAAGAUCAUGAGUAUCUGUAAAAAUACCAUACAUUGGGUGUUCCUCUUGGACGUGUUGCUCGCUCUAUCAGUUAUCAUACUACUGGCAAUAUUGGAAUUUGCGACAAUUCCGCAACAGUAUAUCGGCUUUUAUUGCAAUGAUCCGAAAAUUUCAUUCAAAUUCAUGGGAGAUACGAUCUCUAUCACACUUUUGAUCGGUGGAUCUUUUCUAAUACCGAUACUAGUGAUAUGGCUAUCCGAAUUCGCAUCUUACUCUGCAGAUAGCUAUGAUGCAGAAAUAGGAUGCGCUGGUUCGAGAGCAAAACAAAUAUGGUUGUGGUAUGGUCAUUAUUCAAUCGGAUUAAUUGGCUUAACUUUUAUAUGUAAUGUCAUAAAAACUCUGGUCGGCGAACCAAGACCACAUUUUUUAGACACGUGUAAGCCACGAGAAGCUGUAAAUUGUACGAAUGAAUACGUGGCAAAAUAUACAUGUACAAAUACAAAAAAUUCAGAGUGGUUUGUCUCAGAUUCUAGUAGAUCAUUUCCAUCUGGCCAUUCUGCUCUUUCCAUGUUUACAACUACUUUUCUUGUGUGGUACUUACAACGUCGUUUACCAGAUCGGACGUUUCUUCUAAAACCAUGGUUACAAUGUAUAAUAUCCAUGUGGACUGUGAUAUGCUCAUUAACGAGGAUCGGCGACAAUAGACAUCAUUGGUGGGAUGUACUUGCAGGCGUUAUUUUGGGUUUCGCUUUUAGCAUGUUAACUGUUAAAGUGUUAUGUCGUAAGUUUCAUUUAAAUCGAAACGUCUCAAACAUGUAUAGUGAUCCUGUAGAAAAUAGGCAAAUUAAUUUCAAUAAGAGAAAACAAAAUGUCAAGAAACUUCUACACGAGACAACAGUUGACUCUUCGGAAAGUCGUGAGUUAAAGAACGUUAAGUCAUCAACUUGGUCAGAAUAAGAAUAAGAUAUUUGAUAAGGAAAUGUUUAA